ACUCGAGACGGUCAUUCGUGCAGUUUGAGUCGAAAUACAGAGCAUCCGGGCUAGGUUGCGUUAAGGUGAGGGCAAGAGCACUUAUUCUUGCUUAAUUUAGCCCUCUUUAGUAGGGGUACCAACUUCCAUUUUGUCUCUCUCCUUUUGUCUCUUCAAAAUCAUAUUCAAGAAUCAAAGGAGAGAGACAGCAACAAUCAAAAAUGGUGUUCUACUUCAAGGCUAGACCUGAAGCUGGGGAUUACACCAUUUUCAUGGGUCUUGAUAAGUAUGAAAAUGAAGAACUCAUCAAAUAUGGUUUUCCUGAAGAUAUUUGGUUCCACGUGGACAAAAUGUCUUCAGCCCAUGUCUAUGUUAGAUUACAUAAAGGUCAGUCCAUGGAUGACAUAUCUGAAGGUUUGUUGGAGGAUUGCGCACAACUAGUGAAGGCGAAUUCCAUACAAGGCAAUAAAGUGAAUAACAUUGAUGUUGUUUACACUCCUUGGGCAAAUUUGAAGAAAACGGCUUCCAUGGAUGUAGGCCAAGUUGGUUUCCACAAUUCAAAAAUGGUCCGCACAGUUCGAGUGGAAAAGAGAAUAAAUGAGAUUGUUAAUAGACUGAACAAGACAAAGGUGGAAAGGAAGCCAGAUUUUCAAGCUGAGCGUGAAGCAUAUAGUGCUGCUGAAAAGGCAGAAAGAAAAGCUUAUUUGAGAGAAAAGAAACGCCGUGAGGAAAUGGAAAGGCUCGAGAAAGAAAGGCAAGCAGAAACGCGUAGUUACAAGAAUUUGAUGGUAUCAGACAAGAUGACAUCCAACAAACAGAUCGCUGCAGCUGAGAAAUCCGUGCAAGAACUGGAAGACGAUUUCAUGUGAAGUGAAUCAAAAAAUUCUUGUUUCUAUGACGUGCCGCUACCAAUAUCUGCCCUGAAGAUUCUUAAUCAUGUUCUAAAACUUUAUACUUAUGAAAUCUGUUGUAAGAUUGUUUGAUAUAGUUACGAUCAUGAUGUUCAGAAAUACUUCACAUGUGAGACAAGAUCCCACAUCGAUAAAAUAGUGGGUUGUAGACUUGCAUACAUAUUCGAUAAGCUAAUUCUCCUACUACCAUAUGGUUUUGGGAAACAAUGAACUUCAUCAAAUAUAUGUACAAGUCAACGCACUUGACCCGUA